CGGCGUCGCGUUACUCAUUCAUAGUGUGCGUUCGCGCUGUAACACGGAAAGUUCUGAAUGUGCGCGGCGCUGGACAAAAUACAUCAAAAAUAUAGUAAAAUAAUAAAAAAAAAUAUGUGCGAUUCACUGGAAUUUUUUUUAUCGAAUACUUCUCUCUAUUAAUCAAAACGAUAACAAUAAAAACUGACACACUCUUCGAAAAUAUUAUAUAAUUUUUUUUCCAUCGUUAUUGUCGUUAUAUUUUCGAUAAAAAAUUAAAAAAAAAUAAUAAUAAAAAUAAAAAUUAUUAUGUAUUAGCGUUCACAUCACGGCGACUCGGACAAUAUUACGAAAACAAACUAAUAUUUAAUAAUAAUAUGUAAUUGCGUGUAUUCUAUUCAUAAAUGCGUCCCGUUCGAUUGCGACAGUCGGAUAGCAUCUACUUGCGAGGCAAAUGGCUGUGGGCCGAACAAGCUAGACUGGGAUUUCUGAAAUCGGCGGCGGCGGGUAUUUCGACAAAGAGCGGAUGAAGUUACCCCCAUGAUGCCCGUUAUGCUGAUCCAGCACCACUUAUUGGCCGCUGACGUAUUCGAGUGCUUUACCGUUCGGAUGACGGUAUCCCAUUCACCGGCACACCGGGCAAUGCGCUACUACCGUAUCUGGAUAUACACGUGCAACACCGUGCUCAUGGUGUGCGUCGUGUGCUUCGUGGUGAUCGCCUACCAGCUGGUGGUGGCCGACCAGAGGCUGCACCUGGUGCCGGGCCUGGACCUGUGCCAUCCCAGCCUGCUGUACGUGUACGCCGCGCUGUUCGUCCAGUGCACCGUGCUGCAGAUCGUCGGCUUCCUGGGCGCCCGGUCCCUCAGCGAGCGGCUGCUCAACGUCUACUGGCUGCUCCUGCUCGGCCUCCUGGUCGGCGACGCCGUGCUGGGCGUCUACUGGGUGUACAGGUACGACAAGAUGGUGGCCCGGCUGAAACCGGCGCUCCGGGACCGGCUGGCCGUCGACUACGGCCGAAACCGGCGGUUCACGGCCGUCUGGGACAACCUGCAGCGCGACCACGAGUGUUGCGGCGUCAACGGGCCGCCGGACUUCUUCAACGUCACCGUGCAAGUGGGCGUUGAACACUUUGUCGAUUACACGACAGUUCUCCCGGAUAGCUGCUGCUACCAUAAGCCAGAGGCAGUGGCGUCACCAUUCCGAAGGGACUACUGGCAGCCACAGACAACAACUACUGCUGUAUGGACCACGGUCCAGGCGGAAGAGCACGACAAUAUGGAAGAGAUGCCCAUCAAGUGUCGGCUCAAUUCAUACCGGUACUACUAUCCCGGAUGCGAACGGGCGCUGAUGGCGUGGAUUCGUAGAAGUGCCGACGUCCUGUUCGUCCUCGGUUACUGUGUCAUAUCAUUUUUGAAACUGUGUUUUCUAGGCAUUCUGAGGUAUGAAAUACGAGAAAUGAUCCAAAAAAUAAAAAUACUUCAUGGAGAUACAGCACGACUAGAAUUAGUCAAUGUACCCCAACAAGCUACAGGGAAGUUGUUACAAAAAGUUGAACAUAAUGGUAGCGUAGUACGUGUAUCUACUCCUAUGAGACAAGACAGUCAGAUAGAAGGAAGUUUAGAUGCAGUGAAACCACUUUUAAAAGGUCGUUCAAUAGAAGCGACAUUCAGGGUAAAGUCCUCGAACACGGACGGCAAUGAAUCAGACACUAAUAGCCACAGUGCGUUAUUAUUGUGUGAUGACAAACGAUUGACAGGCUCAUCUAGUAAGAGUAACUACGAACUUCACGAGUUAAAAGAUGUAAACCGACUACUAACCACCAGACAUAAGAAUCAAAUAUGACUACGAAGAUGCGUGGCCGCUUGGUUCCGAUUGAUUGACAGUAACCAAAAAUUCCCAUUGUUGGCGACACCAAAACCGCAUAAAAUUUAUUAAACCAAAAAUAAAUAAAAACAAUAAAAUAUUGUUAAAAUUGGAAGAUACAUUUUUUACGUGAUACCUAUAUUAAAUUAAUUCAAAAGGAAUAAAAAAGAAAAACUACUAUGAAAAUAGAUUUCGAAAUAAAAAAUAAAAAUUAUAAUUUGUCAUUAUACAAGUACACAAAAUAAAUAAUUUAAAACAUCGUAAUCACUUAUUAACUGAUUAACUGCAAGGCAUAAAUGUGAUUGGAGUAGACUACAUGGUGCUACAUGUCAAUAAAUUGAUUAAGUAUAACAAUAAUAAUUAAUAAAAGAAAUGUUUAAUGAUUAAAAUCAACUUAUAAAAACAUGUAUGUGGUUAUGUUGAAUUAAUUUUAUGAAUCAUCCAUUGAUUGUGUUCGAAGGAUUUUCAUUACCUCAAUAACUUUUUUGUAGAUACUUAUUUCAAGUUUAAUAUUUUUUUUCUUCAAAUUCUAUUACAUCAUUAAUUGAAUCCUUAUAUUCUGCCUUAACUUUUUGUGAUAGUGACAUUUAUAGGUCGAUUUUUAAAAAAAAAGUCAACUUUUGUAAGUAAAAUAUAAUUUGGUACUCCUUAAAUAAAUUGUAUAAAGAUAAAUUAUAGUAAUACAUAUUAUUUCCAACUAUUACACUAAAGAUUGAAUGAGCCAAACUUCUAUAUUUUAUUUAUAUUGUAACUAAAUAGUGAAUAACAAUUUUUCCAGCAAUCUAUUGGCAACCUAAUGUAAAUGUUUCUUUCAUUCAAAAAAAUUUUUUUUGUGAACUCAAAAGUUUUAAUAUUAUACAAUUUUGAGAAAUACUGCUAGCAAAACAUUUAAACAGAUAAUCUAUAGGGAUUGAAAUAUUUGUUUAAGUGUCUAAAGAGAUAUGAGUACAGUAUUACUUUUUUAGUACCUACUUCUUAAAAGGAAAACGUCCUACAUAAUUGUUAUUACCUAUAUGAAUUUAUAAACACAAAUAUAAUACAACAACAAAUUAUUAUAUACUCUCAUUAAAUCUUGAAUGUAUUCGAACCAUAUUAAUAUGGUGUUUACACACCUCUGGUGACCAGUUUUUAUAUUUUAACUAAAUUAAAUUCUAUUUGUCUUGUUAUCAAUUAAUGUAUUCAUAAAUGCCUAUGGUAUAUGGUUAUCCAACAAGUCUACUUAGAUAAUAUAUUAUAAUCCCCUGUGGGACACAUAAGAAAAGAUCUACAAACUCGAUAGAAGUUUAAUUCGAGUAGCUCAAAGUGGGAUACCUCAAUAGAUUAAAUUGAAUAGAUACAAAUUGUUUAAAUAACGAUUUUGAAAAGAUUAACUAUCUAGUUAAAAAAAUAAAUGAUUUUACUUCCAGUAAAAAUAUGAUUAGGUAAUUACUUUCAAAUUUCAAUAAACUAUAAAGCAUUCUAUAUGCUAAUGAGUACAUAAUGAACUCAAAACUCGAUUUUGCAGUUAAAUUUAUAUAGGUAUUUAAAUACCUACUAAACCUAAUUUCCUUAUUAAUAUAACUAUUUAAUUGUUGAAAAUCUAAAACAAGAUCAUUACAACCUACUUAUUUCUAAUUUAUUAUAAAAUAGUUAUACUUCUUAUCUUUAAUGUUUUAGUUUUCCAAUGAAGCAAAAUUUUAUAAUACUGUUAAUUCUAAUUAUGUAUAGCCUAUUUUCUUGUGUCAUGGACUUGUCGCUUCCCAAUUGUCUUUAAUACAAUCAUGAAAAUGUAUGUAAAAGUUUGACUGUACUAGCGAAAUCGUGGUUAGGUAUGUUUUAUUUGUUAUUAAUUAAAAAUAAAAUGUUAAAAUGUUUGUUGUACAAUAAAUGUUGUAAACUUUGUACUAUUAUUUUUUAAGCAUUCCUAGAGCUAUUAUAAUUAUUAUUAAUAUUAUUAUUAAAAUAAUGAUUUAUCAAUA